AAAUUAGUUGGAAAGACAUUUCAGUCGGACCUAUAAUUUUCGAAUUCGAAUUCCGGAGCGAAUUGUACCGAUAUAUAAUUACUUCACGAAGCAGUCAGCGACGACUCCGAUUCCCGUGAUUCGAUUUUGCAUUUGUUUUUCCUAAAUGGCAGCUCUAGCUGCUUCAGUUCUGUCAUGGAUUCCGGAAGAUGAUCUCUUGUUGAAGAACGCCGUUGAGGCUGGCGCUUCUUUGGAAGCACUUGCUAAAGGAGCGGUGAGAUUCUCGCGAAAAUUUACUGUCGGAGAAUUGCGCGAGAGGUGGUAUUCUCUCCUCUAUGACCCUGUUAUUUCAGCUGAAGCUUCUGCUCGCAUGGUGGAAUUUGAACUUUCUGUCCCCAAUUCUGGAGUUAGUGCAGAUGUUUCUGCUAAAAGAAAGUAUGAAAGCGUUCGACGAAUGUACCAUGCUAUGAAGAAGAAAACUUGUGCACGACCUGGUAAUUCUCCUAGUAUCGGUUUUCUUGCUGCACAGGAGGUUAGUUAUCAUGACAAUAUGCCCUUUGAUGGUAGGGCACAAGGUGAAAGUUGCAUAUUUGGAGACCGUAAUCAAAACAAUUUUGGGUUUGUUGGGAAGGAAUGCUAUAAUGAAUUUCCUUUGGAGGUUCCGUCUUUUGAUAAAGAUAAUGUGAGAGACGGAUUGGUUGACUUUCCGAGUGGCGAGAGAGUUAAGGAAAUGGCAUUGGCAUGUCCUUUGCCACAGAGCAGUGCUUCGUUUCAUGCAGAGGGACUUUCCUCUCCACUAGCAAUAUGGGAAACGAUAGAGGACAUUUCUGCUCCUGCAAUGCCAAUCGGUGUAAACAUUGAAGAUAAAGGUCAAGAAGAAGCGUUGAUGCAUCGUGACGGUGUGGAAGUGGAUGGUAAUAAAAUGAGUUUAUCACGAAUGAAUGUUGUCGAACCGGGUGCAAUAUUGCAAGAUAAACAUGACGUUGAUGUACUUAAUAAUUCAAACACAAUCUCAGAAUGUGAUUAUGCAGACCUUUCAGAGUCACUCUUAAACUUUGCAAAUGAAGAUGAGCUGCUUUUAGUGGAUGCAGAUGGGAAAGACACGGCUGAUAAAUUUUGUUACGAUGGCGCUUUGUUGAAUUCUCCUAUUGUUAUUCAGAAUACAGCAUCGGAUUUUAAAGAAUCGCAGACAAUAGUUUCAGAUAAAAGCCUUGGAAUUCCUGCCAAUGCAUGCCCUGCAGAAUUAGAGCCUAUUGCUGAGGGGACACUUUCUAGUGAUGUUGAGCAGCAUGGUCAUUUGUGUGCAGAAAUCAAUUUGCCAUCAUCCAGAGCAGCAGCAAAUACACGGUCUACGGAGAACUAUGAUGGAGAGAUGGAGUGUACUUUAAAUAGCGAAGACCCUGACAUCCCGUCAAAUGAUGAUAUUUUUUUCUCUAAAGAAUUUACUGCUUCUGUGAUGAGAACAAAAUCUAAGGAGGCUUGUUACUCAUCUUUCUCGUAUGCUAAUAUAAAGGAUGGCAAACAAGAGCAAAGCUUGAUGAAGAAAGAAGCAAAUCCUGCACAAUCUCGUUUUGCUUCCCAGAUUACAAGACUGCACAUGUUGCCAGCAACCAGCUCAGGUAACCACCUUGUUGGCCGUGGAGUAAAAUGUGAAUCUCCUGAUGAUGGGGCAUGCGGACAGGCUAGCAAUGCUUCUGGAGACAUUUAUGAGUGCAGAACAGCCCAGGCUACUCUAAUUUCUGGCUCAGAGGCGUCUCAUGCUUGUAACCCCACGGGUUUGCCAUUUUUUGCAAAACCAUGCUCCCCUAAACAAGUUACGUCAGUACCAGAAACUGAACCCUUAACGUUAAAUGAGGAAGAAUCUGAGAGUGACGAUGAAAUUCCAUCAUAUUCUGAGAUAGAAGCCAUGAUACUUGCCAUGGACUUGUGCCCAGAUGAUAAUACAGAUUCUUAUAAUACGGAAGUCUCAAUGUAUCAAAAUGAGGAUACCAGAAGGAAAAUUACAAGAUUAGAACAGUGUGCUCAAUCAUCCAUACAAAGAGCCAUUGCAUCUCGAGGUGCACUCGCUGUCUUGUAUGGGCGCCACUUGAAGCAUUAUAUAAGGGAAACCGAGAUCAUACUUGGCAGAGCAACAGAUGAUAUGGAUGUUGAUAUUGACUUAAGAAGAGAAGGACCUGCCAACAAAAUUUCAAGACGGCAGGCACUAGUAAAAAUGGAAGCAGAUGGUUCCUUCUUGUUGAAGAAUAUUGGUAAGAGUCUUGUAUUUUUGAAUGGCAGAGAAAUUGCUUCUGGACAGAGUACGAGACUUACCUCAAAUAGUUUAAUUGAGAUUGGGGGAAUGGCAUUUGUGUUUGAAAUUAAUAGCAAAUCUGUGAGGCAGCACCUAGCAAAUGCCACCAAAAUCCACAAACAAAACAGUAUCAAAUUUGAACGGUCCGAAGGGAUUGCAUGAGUAGAGGAAGGCCGUCAACUGUUUCCUUUAUCUCCUAUAUUAAGCAGCUUAGGUGAAGAAAAAUCAGUUUUAUCGCAGUCUACCCUUGAGUUGGACGUACCCUGUCCAACUAUAAAUAUAUGUGUAUAUAUAUAUAUAUACAUAUGAUACAGAAAGUUUCAUUUAUUUUCCACUAAUCAUGUAUAUGGCUAUACUGAAUAUAUGAAAUGUAGUUGAUCAUUCA